UCGCCGCCCGCCCGCCGCCCGCCGGCCCCUCCCCUGCCGGGCGCCCCCCCAGCCCCACGCCCCCCCACCUUCCUGGGCGGUGGGGGGGGUGCGGGCCGCCGCUCGGGGGCCCCGCCGCCCCGGCAGCCCGGGACAGCCCCCUUUCCCCGCCCCCGGCCCCCGCCCCGGCCCGGCCGGCCAUGGAUCUGACCAGCAGCUCGGGCGGCGGCGGCGACCCCCGGCAGAUCGAGGAGACCAAGCCGCUGCUGGGGGGCGACGUGCCGGCCCCCGAGGGCACGAAGAUGGGCGCCGUGCCCUGCCGCCGGGCCCUUCUGCUGUGCAACGGGAUGAGGUACAAACUGCUGCAGGAGGGCGACAUCCAGGUCUGUGUCAUCCGGCACCCGCGGACCUUUCUCAGCAAGAUCCUCACCUCGAAAUUCCUGAGGCGCUGGGAGCCGCACCACCUAACGCUGGCCGACAACAGCCUGGCGUCCGCCACGCCAACUGGGUACAUGGAAAACUCGGUCUCCUACAGCGCUAUUGAAGACGUUCAGCUGCUGUCCUGGGAGAAUGCCCCGAAGUACUGUUUACAGCUCACAAUCCCUGGGGGAACAGUCUUACUGCAGGCUGCCAACAGCUACCUGCGAGACCAGUGGUUCCAUUCUCUGCAGUGGAAGAAAAAGAUUUACAAAUAUAAGAAAGUGCUGAGUAACCCAAGCCGUUGGGAAGUUGUCUUGAAGGAGAUCCGAACUCUGGUGGACAUGGCCCUGACAUCCCCCCUGCAGGAUGACUCCAUCAACCAAGCCCCACUGGAAAUCGUCUCAAAACUGCUCUCAGAGAACACAAACUUGACUACCCAGGAGCAUGAGAACAUCAUUGUGGCGAUUGCUCCUUUGCUGGAAAACAACCAUCCACCGCCAGAUCUCUGUGAAUUCUUUUGCAAGCACUGCAGAGAGCGGCCCCGGUCCAUGGUGGUCAUCGAAGUGUUCACGCCCGUGGUCCAGAGAAUCCUCAAGCAUAACAUGGACUUCGGGAAGUGCCCACGACUGAGGCUGUUUACUCAGGAGUACAUCCUUGCCUUGAACGAGCUCAACGCGGGGAUGGAGGUGGUGAAGAAGUUCAUCCAGAGCAUGCACGGCCCCACGGGGCACUGCCCCCACCCCCGGGUCCUGCCCAACCUGGUGGCCGUGUGCCUGGCUGCCAUCUACUCCUGCUACGAAGAGUUCAUCAACAGCCGUGACAACUCCCCCAGCCUGAAGGAGAUCCGGAACGGCUGCCAGCAGCCCUGUGACCGGAAGCCCACCUUACCUCUGCGCCUUCUGCACCCCAGCCCGGACCUGGUGUCUCAGGAAGCCACGCUGUCCGAGGCGCGGCUCAAGUCCGUGGUCGUGGCCUCCAGCGAGAUCCACGUGGAGGUGGAACACACCAGCACUGCCAAGCCGGCACUGACGGCCAGCGCGGGCAAUGACAGCGAGCCCAACCUCAUCGACUGCCUCAUGGUCAGCCCUGCCUGCAGCACCAUGAGCAUCGAACUGGGUCCCCAGGCCGACCGCACGCUCGGCUGCUACGUGGAAAUCCUCAAGCUGCUGUCGGACUACGAUGACUGGAGACCGUCUCUGGCCAGCUUGCUUCAACCCAUUCCAUUCCCCAAAGAAGCCCUCGCACACGAGAAGUUCACCAAGGAGCUGAAGUACGUGAUUCAGAGGUUUGCCGAAGACCCGCGACAAGAGGUACACUCAUGCCUGCUGAGCGUGCGGGCCGGCAAAGACGGCUGGUUUCAGCUGUACAGCCCCGGAGGGGUGGCCUGUGAUGAUGACGGGGAGCUGUUCGCCAGCAUGGUGCACAUCCUCAUGGGUUCCUGUUACAAGACCAAAAAAUUCCUGCUCUCCCUGGCGGAAAACAAGCUGGGACCCUGCAUGCUCCUGGCGCUGAGGGGGAACCAGACCAUGGUGGAGAUCUUGUGCCUCAUGCUGGAGUACAACAUCAUCGACAACAACGACACCCAGCUGCAGAUCAUCUCAACCCUGGAGAGCACGGGCGUGGGCAAGCGCAUGUACGAGCAGCUGUGCGACCGGCAGCGAGAGCUGAAGGAGCUGCAAAGGAAAGGCGGGCCCACCAGGCUAACACUGCCCUCCAAGUCCACGGAUGCCGACUUGGCUCGUCUGCUGAGCUCCGGCUCUUUCGGAAACCUGGAGAACCUCAGUCUGGCCUUCACCAACGUGACCAGCGCCUGCGCCGAGCACCUCAUCAAACUGCCUUCUCUCAAGCAGCUGAACCUGUGGUCCACUCAGUUUGGAGACGCCGGCCUGCGGCUCCUGUCGGAACACCUCACCAUGCUGCAGGUGCUGAACCUGUGUGAGACGCCUGUGACCGACGCCGGCCUGCUGGCCCUCAGCUCCAUGAAGAGUCUUUGCAGCUUAAACAUGAACAGCACCAAGCUCUCGGCUGACACCUAUGAAGAUCUGAAGGUAAUUCUUCGCUUCCUCCCUUUCUCCCUCCCUUUCCCCCUUCCCUCCUUCUUUCCUUCCAUCCGUCAGCAUCUAGACACCAGUGCUUUGCCCUCAUGGAGCUUAUUCUCCAGCAAGAAAGGCUAUUACACCGGCAGGUAAGUCAGUAAAUAAAAUAAUGGCAGGUGGAAAGGAGUGGUAGGGAGGAAGCCAGCAGGGAAUUGGUAGAUUAGAAAUAGGGAGGGCCUGUUUGGCAUGUGAUCAUCAGGGAUGGUCCCUUUGAAGUCACAUAAGCUGAGACCUAUAAGAUAAGAAGCCAUGGAUGCAAAGGAUGACAGGAAAAGCAAGGGCAAAGGUUCUGAGGCAGAAAGGGUUGGUAUGAACUGACUUUGUAGCAAAUGUGACUAUAAAGUAAGAGAGAACAGACUUGGGCCAGACUGAAUAAGCCCUCAUAGGUCACAGAAGGCUUCUGGAUUCCAUCCAAGUUCAGUAGAAAGCUUUCAGAGACUCUAAGCAAUGUUGUGAGUUAUGCUUGUAAAGGCUUGUUGUGGCUGUUACCAGGAAAACUGAUUUUUUUGCUGGAGCCGGGGGUGGUCCAAGCAAGAGUAGAAACAGGGAGAACAUCGACAGGGCUGAUGCAGUCAUGGGUUAAGCUCCUGGUCCUGUAGCCUGGGCUAGGUUGGCACUAUAAAGUUGGGGCAAGAAAGAAGAUCUGAGUAGGGAAAGGUGGGCACGUUUCCUGGGGGACUCGUGGAGCUUGGCCUUCAGAAGUCUGCUGCCCCCAUCACUCUGGGUCCAGUACCAACUGCCCCGGAAGGAGUGAGUGGGGCUGCAGAUAAGCCAGCGCUGAGGACCGAAGGGCUGGGCCAGGCAGCCAGACCCACCAUGAGACGCCAGCACCUUCACACGCUGGAAGCCACUUGGAAGGAAUCCCCACGAGCAGGGACCACCCCUUCCCCGCCCCACCCUCAGCCCUCCAGCUCAGCCAGACCUGCGGCCAGCUUUAGAGCACCUACUAUGUGCCAAGCCCAGGCUGGGGACAGGGACAGGACCAAGGUGCAUCUGGUUCACCACUGCCCAGGAGGAAGCUCCGUCCUGGCAGACGGAUACCUGCAGUAACCAGGCCAGGACAGGGCUCAGGGACCAGCAGGGAGGGGACAGGGGACAGCCAGCCCUGCUCAGUAGGGCAGAAGAGCCUUCACAAAAGGAGGUCUUGAGAAGGGAAUCUGCCGAGCAGGCCAGGAGAGCCGUCAGAGGGUCCUGAGGAGCAUGUGAAGCGGGGCAGGGGUGCGGCCGGCGCAGAACCAGCCCGAGUGCACCCUCCAGGGCCUCCCCGACCUGCCGGGCCCAAGUGGGCGUUUCUGCACCGUUGAGGAUUACUGUGCCCCCUGAAGGCGAAGGAGCACAGAUCCGGGUGCCCUAGCCAAGCAGCAGAGGGGUGUGGUCAGCCCCUUGUGGAGAAAAGCCGCUUUCGAGCAUCCGAGAGACCCCGUGGUGCCAACUUGAGCAUACUGGCCAGUGACGCCCAACCUCUGUGCUGCGGGCAUCAGAUGGCCCGGAGGCUGUCUGCCUGCCUGGGGGCAGGCGGCCUGCACUCCACAUCAGGCAGGCAGGCAGGGGCCUCCAGCUCACGGCCCCGUCUCUCAGGAGAACCUGGAAACCUCCGUGCCAGUUUGCCAUCUCCUGAUCGGAGAGGUUGGCUUAAAGAAGUUUUUACAGUGCUGCACAGGGGAAGGCAGCCCCCAGUCUGUAGCCUCUGCCUGAGCAGCGGGGCUGGGGGCCCACGAGCCAGAGCGCAGGGGAGAAGCGUGGAGGAGCCGUGCGCACGCACGGUAGAAGGUGACACUGGCCGGCGCCCCCACGGAGAGUCUGGAAGAGGGAGCAAAGGGAGGAGAGCCAUUAGCCCUGUCUGUGCAGCGAAGGCUUGUGGAGGGAAGGCCGGCUGUUUAUAAAAGAAGGAAGAGAGGCGAUGUGUCUGGGUGGCAGGGAUGGAGAGCGGGAAGCACGUAUGAACAGCAGGUGGAAGCUUGCAGUCUAGACGGUUCCGACGCGGGGGCGUCCUGCAGGGGAAGACUCGCUGCCCCCCAGGUGCCUGCAUUUAUGGCGAUCCCGCCGCAUUCACCUGCCCGAUUUCCGGUAGCGAUGGCCUGUAGGCGGUGGUGCCGGUGAGGGUGGUUCCCGCCUGUAGGGCACACGGCCUUGUGUUGUUCAGGGCGAGCCGUGCGUCAGGCGGUUCCACCCUUAGCGCCGUCCUGUGAGCCGUGGCCGGAUCACGCUGGCUCCACAGAGGAGGAGGCCGGGGGCUCUGCCCCCGGGGUCGUGCAGCCAGCAAGCGGCAGAGCUGGGGCUCCCACCGGGGCUUUCCGCCUUCAGAGCCAGGCAUCCACGGCCUCGCAGAGGCAGGGGGCACGGAAUCCCCUGCAGCUGUCCGCCCACCUGCGACCCCCGACCCCGGGGCUGCUGCCCUGUGCUCCCCGAGGUUACCCAGCUCUGAGCCCCGGGGCGCCCCGACGGCAGGGUGGGGAGGGCACAGUGGGAACCCCGGCCGUGGCUGCGGGGGAGCCAGGCACCGCCGGGCCAGGUUCGGGAAAGGACCGUCCUCCUUGCUGCC